CAUGUAGAUACCUUUGCCUAUAUCUCCUACAUCCACACUUCGGAUCAACAUGUCAGGCAUUGGGCCAGGCCUACCACCACAUCUCAUCGCUAAGCGCAAGAGGCAACAAGCCGACGAUCUGCAGGAUGAAGCCGGCGCAAAAGGUAAUGAUGAGAGUGAGAAGCGUCCAAGAGUAAUUGGACCAGCCAUGCCACCUGCGUCGCUUGACGAACGUCCGUUAGAGCCAGCAAUAGAGGCCGAUGCCGAUAGCGAGGGAGAUGAGGACGACUUUGGACCAGCGUUGCCAACCAUCAACACGAACAAGCCAGCUCUGCCUACACUGGAUGUAGGCAAUGCAGAAUUGAAUGUGGCACCAACAGGAUAUGAUGGAAGCUCUGAAAGGACGAAGAGGGAUGAGUGGAUGAUGAUGCCUCCAGAGCAAGACGGUCUAGCUGCGCGGAUGGAUCCAACCAAGCAGAGACCUCGAGGCUUCAAUACUGGAAAGAGCGCAAAAGGGCCAGAUGCAGCAGCUGAUGACAAGUCUGCAUGGAAUGAGACGCCCGAGCAAAGACAGAAACGACUGCGAGACGAGGUAAUGGGUGUCUCGAAAGCGGCACCGCCAGCAAGCAUGACCGCAGCGAGGUCGACUACGAGCGUACGCGAAGACGUUGAGAGCUUGAGGAAGAAACAGGAUAUUGAGAAGGCACGUGGCCCAUCGUUGAUGAAUCAGCACGAGCAAGCGAAAGGCAACGAUGCCGACGAUGAUCCGAGCAAGCGAGCCUUCGACCGCGAGAAAGACAUGAGGAGCGGUAUGCGCGUCGGUAAUGCACAGCGUAAACAGAUGCUCGAUAAGGCGGCCGGAUUCUCGGCGAAAUUCUCUGGCGGCAGUUAUCUUUAACGCAUUGCAGACCGCGGAGUGCGUGGAUU